CUCUCACUCAUUUGCUGCUCUCACAUGCCCUCUCACUUGGAUAGCAGACAGUCUCUCAAACACCAAACUCUUACAUCACUCUUACUGCUGCUUGUAUAGGCCAAUAUCGUUUAGUUUCUGAUAGGUUAACGUACAAAUCUGGCACUGACCAUCCCUUGAAGAUAGCUUGUAAAAAGAAGAUCUUCCAGGUGACCUGACCUGUCCAGCUUCAAUCAACUUCAGAAGGAUCCUUGGCGGGUAGGAAUAAAGGCACCACACUGACCCGCCAUGUUUCUGGUUCUGGUGGUUACAGAGGAGCUGAGGGAGUUCCUGUCCCGGGCACGAAGUGGAACCGGCCGCCUCAUCCAGGUGUUGAUCAGAGACGAGCAGCUGGUGCUGGGGGCAUAUAGAGAGCCACGCCAGACCUGGGACAAAGACUAUGACCACUUCCUGCUCCCCCUGCUGAACCCUCUCGAGCCCUGCUACAUUUUAUACCGGUUGGACUCUAAGAACGCUCAAGGCUAUGAGUGGCUCUUCAUCUCCUGGUCUCCUGACCAGUCUCCUGUCAGACAAAAGAUGCUGUAUGCUGCCACUCGUGCCACAGUUAAGAAAGAGUUUGGCGGUGGACACGUCAAAGAUGAAAUUUUCGGCACAAUUGAGGAGGACCUUUGUCUUCAGGGCUACCUGCGACAUGUGACUUCAUGUUCUGCACCAGCUCCCCUGACUGCAGCCGAGCAGGAGCUACAGCGAAUCAGAAUCACGGAGGUGAAAACUGAGAUCAGUGUGGACCCCAAACAUCAGACUCUACAGGGUCUUGCCUUCCCGUUACAAGCCGAGGCCAAACGUGCUUUACAGCAGCUCGCAGAGAGACGCAUUAACUACAUUCAACUAAAGUUAGAUACGGAGAAGGAAACAAUUGAACUAGUGCACACCAGCCCGACAGACAUCCGUGAUCUACCCUGCCGGAUCCCCUUGGAUACACCCAGAUACCACUUCUUUCUUUACAAACAUUCACAUGAAGGAGACUACCUCGAGUCUGUGGUGUUCAUAUACUCCAUGCCAGGAUACAGCUGCAGCAUCAAGGAAAGGAUGCUGUAUUCCAGCUGUAAGAGUCGUCUUCUGGAAGGAGUAGAGAGGGACUUCCACCUAGAAGUGGCUAAAAAGUUGGAGAUAGAUAGUGGAGAGGAGCUGACAGAUGAAUAUCUGUAUGAUGAGGUCCAUCCUAAGCAGCAAGCCCACAAGCAAGCAUUCGCCAAACCUCGUGGCCCUGCUGGGAAGAGGGGAAACAAACGUCUAAUAAAGGGAGGUGGAGAGAAUGGUGACAACCACUAGGAAGGACAUAAAGUGGGAGGAGGAGAUAAAUGAACUUCAGUGGUACCCUAAAUUUUCCACAGUUCCCUAUUUCCACCUGUUUUCAGGCUAAUUUGCUGGUAUAGUAAUGGAAAAAAAUGGGAUUCUGUGCUCAGUUGUUGUUAAAAACGUUCUUUCUUUGGCUUGUAUUUACUCAGUGUUAUCAGAUGCGUAUUCAUUUGGUGUGUUAAUGUGCUUAUAUUUAAGAGAAAAACUCAGGAAUUAAUUUUAUCUCAGUAAAUUUUCUGAGCAUAUUUUUGUUACAUAAUCUCGUACAUGCAUACACACUCAACUCAACAAAAUUUUAAGCAUAUUAAAAGUGUUUAUUGUGAAAGGUGGUGGAUCGCUCUUAUUUUGAAAGUGUUUUUUAAAAGUCUAGAAAAGAAGUUAGAAGAACCCACAGCCAUUUCAUAGAAAAAGGCACGCUUAUAUACACGUAAUCACCAGAGCUAAAUGUGACAUGCAGACAGAAUGUUAUACUGCGUGAGAACCAAUCAAGUUACUGUUAAGUAAAAGAUAUGUAUGCAGGUUUAGACUUGAUUCAGAUUCAUAUUUAAACAUUUUAUAUGAUGAUAACCUUUUGUGUUUUUAUAGCUGCAGUUGAGUGUCUUCAUUUUUUUUCUUACAAAACACAAAUAUGUCUCAUAAAUCCGUUCUUUGAUUUACAUGGCCCCAUACUGUGAAACACAUACGACAUACUAUGUGUAUAAGCUUCUAUUAGUAAUCAGAACAUUUCCAAAUGAAAUAUUUUUGUAUGUUAAAUAUUUAAAAACAAAAUCAGGAUUGAAAAUAUAAUUGUCUAAUUAAGUGAAUACUUCAGCUAGUGAAAUGUUUAAAAUCAUCAUGGUUAGCAUAAACAAUCUAAUGCUAAUAUCUAAACAAAAACAUGAUUUAAUUUGUUUCAUGUAUGUUAUUGAUGGUUGCCCCGGACUAUGUUGACAUGGAUCAUUUAUAUUAUUAUAUCCUCCCCGCCGUUUUUUUCUUAGAAUUUUUGUCUGUCAGUGAUUAGAGUCAAAGGUCAUACACAAAAGAUAAUCAUACCUUAUAAAAAUGAAUUGUAAUUAACAGUAAAUUAAAAUCAACAGCCCUCUCUUGCAUUGUUUAUGAACAUAUUGUUGCAUAAAUAAAUAAAAAACUUUCACUGAG